AUGGAUCGAGGGACGUGGCAGGCGACGGUCGGCGCCGGCAUCCGGCUCGGCACCCUCGCCCGCCGCCUGCACGACGAAGGCGGUCGAGCAAUCUCGCACGGCACCUCGCCGAACAUUGGCAUCGGCGGCCACGCCACCGUGGUAGGUCGCUCGCUCGCUCGCCCGCCCCUCGCCCCUCGCCCCUCGCCGUGUCGCGCGUGCGAUGCUCACCAUCGGAUACGACGCCGACAGGGCGGCCUCGGUCCCAUGUCGCGCAUGUGGGGGACGACGCUCGACCACGUGCUCUCGGUCGAGGUGGUGACGUCGGACGGCGCGGUCCGGACGGCCAACGUGACGACCAACGGCGACCUGUUCUGGGCCCUGCGCGGCGCCGGCGGCUCCUUCGGCAUCGUCACGCAGCUCACGCUCCGCACGCGGCCGGAGCCGACGCAGGUGGUCCAGUACCGCUACCGGUUCGUCGACGACACGCCGGACGGCAUGACGGGCCUGCUCAUGGCCUGGCAGGCGCUCGCGGCGGACCCGAGGCUCGACCGGCGCUUCCACACGCGCUUCGUCGCCCACGCGCACGGCGUCGUCAUCCUGGCCACCUUUUACGGCAGCAUGAUGGAGUUUGCGGCCAGCGGCCUCGUCGCGAGGCUGCCGCAGGGCGACAUGGCGGACACGCAGGUCGUCGACUGGCUCGACCACCUCCACGACGAGGCCGGCCGGUCGAGCAUGUACCUCGGCGACCUGCCGUCGUACUUUUACAGCCGGUCGUUUGCCUUUCACGAGAAGAACCUGCCGCGGGGGUACGACAUGGAGAGCAUGUUCUACCACGCCGCGGGCCACAAGGCGCGGGCGCCGUGGUACAUUGUCUUCAGCUCCGAGGGCGGCGCCGUCGCCGACGUGGCCGACAAGGCGACGGCGUACCCGCACCGCGACAAGGUCGUCAUGUACCAGGCCUUUGUCGUCGGGCCGUCGCGGCUGCCGGCGGGGAGCCGGCGGUUCGUCGACGGCGUGCACCGGUGCAUCAAGGCGACGGGCGUGGGCACGACGUACGCCGGCCACGUCGACCUCGCGCUCGACGGGAGGAGCGGUCCGAAGGCCUACUGGGGGCACAAGCUGGCACGGCUGAGGCAGAUUAAGCACCUGUGGGACGGGCGGGACAUUUUCCGCAACCCUCAGAGCAUCGAGCCGGAAGAGAGAAGGUAG